ACUUCUUCCUCAACCCUACUUCUUUCUGGUCACAUUAAUUCUUUUCGAUAAAAUAAUUAUCAUUACAAUAAUUAUCUUAUUGUUAUUUUAAUUGCUAAAAUCAAAUAUGUCUAUAAUAUGUAAAUAUGCUUCAUGUAUAUUUAUAGUGGUAACAGAUACAAAAAUAAGUUGCCUGAUCGAAGAUUUUAAAGGUGAUAUACUGAUGGAAUAUCUUUGUCAGAUUAAACCUAUUAAAGCUGUAAUGGGUAUCUAUUCCAGUUUAGGUGGUUGUAAGAUAUACUCGUUACAUGAUGCUUUAAAUGGCUGUCUAAGCGAUGAAGUUGUUUACGUUUAUCUUAGACUUUUGGCAAGCGAUCAGAAAAAGGUAAGAUUUUUUUUAGAAAAAAUAGUUAAUAACAAUAUUCUAGCGUUGAAGUAUCUUAUAUUACCUGUUUAAAUAUUUACUACU